AAGUAAAACUGUCCCAUCAUAUAAAUUAACCUGUUUUAAUUAUAUUUAUGACACAGCUUUAAUACAAAUAAUACUAAAAUGAGACAAAUAAAGGAAUUUUGUCAAUUUAGAUUUCUAGGAAUAAAACACCUGCCACAUUAAUAACAUAGAUGGGGUAUAUAAAGGGUGACGGGGGGUUUAAAUUUAUCAUAAAACCAUCACAUUCAAUCAGCAGUCCAACUACGAAGUUGGUCACUUUUCACAGUUUUACUUUUACGUUUCUUAAAUCCCACCCCCAUGAAGUCCUUUCUCAUCCUGGCUGCUACCAUUGCAGUCGCCAUGUCCGGAACAGUCGACCCCUCCCUUUAUUUUGAAAUUCGGACAGGCUCGACUUUCUCAGCAAUUCUCGAACUUCCCCAGGUCAUGGAGCAAAUUGAAGCUAAUCCAUCGCUUUCCUCUCUCUCUGGGGACGCUAAAGCUAUUUCCCUUGUCGCCGCGUUGAAAGGUCUCACGUCUGCUACCCAGUCUCCCUUCUUAACCGUCGCGUCAUCACUCGGCUUAGAAACUAGGGCAUUCUGGGGAUCCAACGUCAUCCACGUCAAGGGACUCAACUCCCAAACAUUAGCUGUGUUGGCCGCCAUCCCAGGAGAAUUUACUAUCCGGAAGCCCGCCGUCGUCCAAAUAAUGCCAUCCCUGCACGUCCAUAAAUAUAACAACCUUAACAAAACCGUUCAAUGGGGUGUCGACAAAAUCAGAGCCACUGAAGUGUGGAACCUUACACAAGGAGAGGGCGUUGUUGUUGCUGUCAUCGAUACCGGGGUAAAUGUUGGUCACGUGGCCCUUACCGAGGCAUACGCUGGUGCAUGGAAGGAUCCGUACUACGACACGUUGGAACCAACGGACAUUCACGGACACGGAACACAUUGUACUGGUACCAUCCUCGGACGUGAGAAUGGCGUUGGUGUUGCUCCCGCUGCAAAAUGGAUUGCCUGCCGUGGUCUUAACCACCUUGGAUGGGGAUAUGAAUAUCAGCUUCUCACCUGCGCCGAGUGGGUUCUUACCGCAAACCCAACACCACACAUUGUCUCCAACUCUUGGGGCGGUGGAUCUGGCGAGACUUGGUAUAAUGCUGCCAUCUCUGCUUGGCGGGCGGCCGGAAUUAUCCCAGUUUUCGCGAUUGGAAACAAUGGACCGUUGUGUAACACGGUUAUUUCUCCAGGCGAUCAGCCUAACCUUAUCUCUGUUGGCGCCACGACUGAAACCGACGGCCUGGCCUGGUUUUCUUCUCGAGGACCAAACGCACAGGGGGAGCUGAAACCAGACGUCUCUGCACCAGGGGAAGACAUCCUCUCGUGCGGAACUGGACGUAACGAUUACGUCUACCUUUCUGGAACUUCAAUGGCUUGUGACGUUGUAUAUUUUCUGGGUUGACAAAUUUCUGAAAUUGUGAAUAACAGGCUUGCCCUCACACGGCGGGAGCUAUUGCACUUCUGCUGUCCGCCAACCAAAAGUUGGGGAUUUGACGAGGUUUAUGACGCUCUUACAAGCAACGCUGCCCAGCCCCUGUUGUCCAAUUCUGACAGGGAUUGUGGACUUCCAGGAAAUGGAGAUUUCCCGAAUCAUGGUUUCGGUCACGGACGCAUCGAUGUGGUUGCUGCUCUUGGACUUUAAAUAAGUGCAGUCAUCAAAUCUAUUUAAUUAAACAAAAUUAUGUUCAAAUUAGAUUAAUCCGAUAUGUAAAGAUAAAAAAUGGCACUCGAGUUUGUCUGUCAUUAUUUCGAUAAGCACAAACUAAUGUAUCUAUUUUUGUCUAAUAAAUGAAAGUGAUUCAAAAUUAG